UUCUCCUCCCCUUAAUGGAUUAUUCACAAGUUCAGUCCCUCAAGACUUCUGAACGAACCGUUUGACAACAAGCCAAAUACCUAGUGUUAGUAGACGCGUUGGUCUUGCGGUGUUAUUGUUUAGUUUAACCUGUGUCUAUGUUUAGUUAUAGGGAUCAAGGGACAUAACAGGUGAAAUAUGCUGUGAGUAUAAAGACAAGAUCAGUAUAGCCAGUGGAUACAUUCAAAGACGACUAGGAAGACCGUAAAGAAAUGCUUGGCUGGUUUUCUUUAGGUAGGAUCUACGCGGUGAAUGGAGGUAAUUUUUGUCAAAAUGCCAUACAUUGAUUAUCACUAUAUCAUCUGAAUAUAUUUCUUAGAUAUAUGUCUGUACCAUUAUGGUUUGGUGAUUCAAACAAAGAGGGAUGGACAGAACAACGUAACUCGCUUACUGGAGGCUGCACUGAAUACGCUCUCUGUAGUGAGGACUUCUAUUAACUGACGCUUAAUGGUGCGCUAAUAGUCAUUUGUUUGGAGGCGCUACAUCAUAAUGGUGGUUGAGAGGACACUUCUCGCGGCUAGGCAAGGGGAUGUACAAACUUUGAAAGUACAAUUAGCGGAGAAAGUACUCAACAGCGAUGUGAAAGAUGUGCUGGGAGCGACUCCCGUACACCACGCCGCUCGAGCAGGGAAGCUCACCUGUCUGCGGUAUUUGGUUGAGGAAGCGGGUUUACCGGCGAACAGCCUGGCGAGAAAUGGUGCGACUCCUGCUCAUGACGCCGCAGCCACGGGCAACCUGACCUGCCUGCAGUGGCUCGUGACGCAUGGAGGAUGUCGAGCGGCCGAUAAGGACAGCUCAGGAGCCACUGUCCUGCAUCUGGCUUCUCGCUUCAGCCAUCAUGAGAUCAUUGAUUAUUUGCUGAAAAGUGGGGAAGGGGAUCCUACUGUUGCCACGGAUACGGGGGCAUUGCCUGUUCAUUAUGCUGCAGCUAAAGGGGACUUGCCUUCGCUCAGGCUGCUACUGGAACACAGCCCAAAAGUUGUCAAUUUUCAAACCAAGAAUGGUGCCACACCACUAUACCUUGCAUGUCAGGAGGGCCACCUGGAAGUUGUCCAGUACCUAGUGAAGGACUGCGGGGCGGAGCCAAGUAUCAGAGCCAAUGAUGGGAUGACACCACUGCACGCUGCUGCCCAGAUGGGACACAACACUGUCAUUGUCUGGCUGAUGAGUUUCACAGAAAUCAGCCUGGCUGACAGAGACAAUGAUGGGGCCAGUGCCAUGCACUUUGCCGCCAGCCGUGGCCAUGCCAAGGUUCUCAGCUGGCUCCUCCUGCAUGGGGGGGAAAUAGUGACAGACAGCUGGGGUGGUACGCCUCUUCAUGACGCAGCCGAGAAUGGAGAGCUGGAGUGCUGUCAAAUUCUGGUAGUAAAUGGAGUGGAUCUAGGAAUACGGGACCAGGAUGGAUUCUCAGCAGCAGACCUAGCUGAAUACAACGGGCAUCAACAGUGUGCCAAGUACCUCCGCACUGUCGAAAACAUGAGUGUGGAACACCGAGUCUUGUCACGGGACCCUUCGGCAGAUCUGGAGUAUAAGCAACCUGACUCAGGCCUCUCCUCCCCCAACGCCACCCUGCCCACCCCAGCCCCCCCUGUAGCCCACUUUGACAUCUGCUCGCCCUCCAGCUCGCUGUCCAAUUACGACUCUGCAAACUCCAGCCAAUCCAGUACUGGAGAGAAAAGGAGUGGCACGCCUCCCUCACGAGUACCGACAGGAGGUACAGAUUCGAACAUUACAGACAUGCAGACCUAUAUGGACAUGCUGAAUCCUGAUGUAGCAGGAAGCUCCCAGGAUGCAAAAGAACCUGCACACCUGCCGCCCCCUCCAACGUUUCCCCCACCCCCACCUCCGUCCGAUUCCUCCCAUAUACCACCUCCCCCACCUGCCUAUCCCCCACCCAAACCACCUGAGGAAGAAGCGUCCGCCGAAUACUUGAAGGUGAAGAAGAACCUUCGUAGAGUGGACAAUGAUGUUGUCAAAAAAGAGCAGUUGAAUCCUGGCGAGAGCCACGAAAGACUUCGAAGAGUCGACUCUAAUCGAAAGUCUCGUAGCUUCAGCAAGCAGCCCAGCACUGGGGAUUACUACAAAACCCUUGGUAGCGAUACCACGGACCAGUACCCCAACAGAGCCAUGGCACCCAACGAGGAGGGUUCUGCACUGUUGGAGGAAGCUGCAGACACAGCCCCUGCUCCUGAGAACGGGACAGGAACCGCAGAAGAUCUACCCCUUCCUCCUCCACCACCUCCCCCACCUGCCAGCACCUUCAUCCCGGCUCCACCUCCUCCUCCACCUCUUCCAUCGGAUCUGCCCCCUCCUCCCCCACCCACCACCACCACACCAGCCCCUGCCCAGCGUCGCAUGUCUUCCUCCUCCAGCAGCAAUAAAUCCUUCAACAUGAUGUCCCCCACUGGAGAUAAUUCUGAGCUUCUGGCCGAAAUUAAAGCUGGGAAGAGUCUGAAGCCGACACCUCACAGUAAAGGCUACACGACCGUCUUCUCUAACAGCAGCACAGCGGGGAACAACGAGGAACGUCCAACAUCGCCGCCGGAGCCUCUGCCAAAACCCCAACCCAAUGACACCCAAUCCGCAAAGCCAGAAUCUCCACCGCCUAUUUGUCCACCCACGCCACCCACUCCCACGACAAGCGGUGGGUCGCCCCAGAACCUGUCCACUUCUCAGAGCAGUGAGCAGCUUGCAACCACCAUCAAUGGAAAUACUGCUGUAGUCCAGAGCAAAUCCAGUAUGGUGGAUGUUGAGAGUCUGGUGCCCACACAUGAUGAGCAGGGCCGAGCCAUCCCAGAGUGGAAGAGACAGGUGAUGGUGAGGAAACUACAAGUGAAGAUGCAGGAGGAGGAAGAGAACAAGAGAAAGGUUGAAGAAGAGGCGGCCCGUCUGGCUUCCUUACCUGCCUGGAGGAGAGAUAUUAUGAAGAAAAAGAUGGAUGAAGAGAAGAUGGACAGGGAACAGAAAAGAAAAGAGGAGGAACGACGGCGAAUGGAGAAGGAGAGCGAAGAGAAGUCGGAACUGGAGCGACUACGAACACUAGGCUAUGAUGAAACCAAGCUGGCGCCAUGGCAACGGCAGAUCAUUUUAAAGAAAGGCGACAUAGCGAAACAGUAGUCCCCAUCCACUCUUGCACAACUCACGGUUCAGAAUCUGCCAGACCCUUUAGACCCAAACCACAGACAGGUCACCAGACAGCGUUCUGCUUGCUCGACCACUUCAUCAUCACUUUUUCAGAGUCUUAGUUCUGAAGAUGUGUUGGUCCGUUAAAAUGAGUGAAAAUGAAUGAAACAAAUGUUUUAUUGUGGUCAGGUCUUGUGUAUAUGAUUUAUUUAGCAGUCUUGAGAACUAAAAAGAUCUUUAAAUUAUUUUGCAGAAAAUUCUGAAAAUAUUUUUAGCACUCCCCAACUAAUACUUCACACAUCUCCCUCCUGCUUGUUAUAUGUCUCAUUUCAAAUCUCUAGUAGUAUUUUCAUGUAUAGAUAGAUAAUAUAUGUCAAGGAAAUCACAUGUACUCUGCUUGGAUGCUUUUUAAAAUUUACUUCAUGUGGUCAUAAUCUAUUAAGUAUGAUAGUACUGAACAGGUGUAUACUUACAUAAAGUAAGUGAUGCUUUGCGUUAUGGUACAUCUUUAUUUCUUUAUAUAAAAUAAUUGUGCAAUUUGGAAAUUUAAAAAAAAGUGUACAUAUUUUACCAGUAGUUUCUGUGGACGUUUGACCCCACUGCACAUAAUGCAAAAACAAUAUUUCACCAGAAGAUGGUGUCAGAGAUCAAAACUAAUAUUUGGUCAUAGAAAGUCUUCCCAGAUAACAAAGCUUGAAAUGUUUAUCAGAAAGGAUUUUGAAAACAGAGUAAAACCCAUAUGAAGCCAAUGUCUUAAAUAUUCUAUUGCAUCUUUAAUUAAAAAAAAAAAAAAAAAAAAAUCCCUGUCAUCUGUACUGAGAUUUACAUAGGAAGUUCACUUUAGGAGGGGAAAUGAUGUUGGUAGCUUAAUAUGUCAUGAAAUCAUGACAGUGUAUUCAGCCAUGCUGUGGUCCCCCCAAAAAAUGAAGCUUUUUUUUCCCUCUCUGCUUGGCAACUGUAGAUCAUUCUCUAUUGUUAAUGUGUUUAGUGUAACUAGACAUCAGAAAAGUGCCGGAUGUGAAUCUGUAUGUGUGCGUGCAUAUGUGAGAAAGUAUAUGUGUGUGCAUAUUUACACAUGCAUAAUAUCACUCGUCUUUCCUGUGUCAUACAUUGUGCGAUGGUUAGAGUUGAUGUAUUUUAAGUGUUUGUUUUUUUUCUGUACAACUGUAAAAAAAAAAAAACACACAAGUUACAAGUAUAUGUAAGUGAUAAGCAUGGCCCUCCUUGUGUUUGGGAACAUUCUGCUUUUGUUUAUCAGAUGCCAUAAUGAUGCUGAAAUCAAAGAUAUGAACGCCAUUGCCAUUAGAAGAUUUUCUAUUCAUAAUUACUCCAAUGCUUAUAAACUCCUACUGCCCUAUAAUAUCAAUUACAUGUUUUUGUUUUUUCCCCCUGUUUUCAGCCUGACUUUCAUAGGCAGACUAUUGUAAACUUUAAUUUUCCCAAUGGCAAAACAAGUAACGUAAUAAAAAUUUAAAUAAUA